GAUCAGGAGCACCUCUUGCAACCCUUGGAACCCGGAUUCACUUCACUGACUCUCGAAAUCGAGAUACAGAGAAAAUAUUGUUCUUUUCGCCUGCUGAGUUGUCAACCUCCCCAGGGUUUGGGGCGACCAGGCUGGCUUCAACGAAAACCACUUUGGAUACCGGUUUCGGUAUCGUCACUCUUAUAAUCUAGCACCACAUCACCAGGCUGUCGACUAAGUACACGAUGACCGAAAGCCUAGCUACAACAAUAGGACUUGGCUUACCGGUUUCGCUAUUCACCAUCUUUAUUCUCGAUCUCUCGCUCCACCAGGCUGUCGACUAACAACCUCACGAACGAAUUAGUGACUCUCUUUACUCUCGAUUAACAUCUCCGCCUUCAAGGCUCAUGGUGACGUCAAGAUCUGUGUCCUUCGAGUCGGAACCACCUCCAUCUCAACCGACAUCCCAGGUCUCGCUCUCUCCUCCUCCCUACACUUUCUUGGUCACAUCAAGUUCCCCAAACCUCUAACUAAUUCGAGGUAUCUCCUGCUCAUUCGUACGGACAUUUUGCUCUUGGCUCUGACCCGAUGUGGUCAAUAGCUCUAGGAGCCGACAGUGGGGUUUAGUACAGAUACAAUUCUGCGUCCGCCCAGAUUUAGCUAUCGUCCGACGCUGUCGCACAUCCAUAGCCACCCUGCCUUCAAAUAGAAGCCAUUGCUCCCACCAGUAAUCAUUCCGUGUGUAAGGGUUUUGUUUAAAAGUGGAAGGCUAAUAUUUAAUCUAUUCCUGGGAUUUCUGUCGAGAUACGGAUUGUUUAAUGUUGCUUACAUCAGCAACCGAGAGCACACACGUACGUCCGAUGCUUAGAGCAAUGGCUGAUAGAGAUUGUUGGCAGUCAGUCAGUCCGUCAGUCGCUCGCUUCCUCUAUUCUCACCGCUUCCAUCACUCCCCCUUGCCAAAGUGUAGCAGUCCUGGCCUGAAGAUUCUGCGGCAUCUGCUUCAGCAAUUGUUCGAAGAAUGAACUUUUUGAGUGAGCAAAAUGCGGUGGCCGAUCUCUUGCUUCUCCUUCUCUUCCUCCAAACUGGAACGAUGGGGAACUGAUGGGUUGUGACAGGAGCCCUGGAGCCCUGGAGCGACGAGAGAGGCCACGCAAGAAAAAUACAGAGUAUUCGCGGAUUGAGCUUGAACUAUGGAAACAAGAAUUCGAAAAAUUGCUCGUUGCUGAACAGCCAUCAUAAUGACCCAUCAAUAAAUGU